CAGAUACUGUCAAGAGCGAAGCCAGCUGCUUCUGAAGGAGUGAGAAAGUCCGUAUCAGACAAAAGAACACCAAAAUUAGAGGAAUUUUUGGAGAAGCGCGAUUACACCGGCGCUUUGACACUUUUGGAGUUCAACAAUGUCUCAGAAACUACUGUAAAUUCCGAAUUAUGGAUGGGCUACUGCGCUUUUCAUUUGGGAGACUACAAACGUGCAUCAAAAAUUUACGAGAAUUUAAAAAGCAAGGAUCAAGCACCGGCGGAUACGUCGACGAACUUAGCAUGUUGUUAUUUCUACCUUGGCAUGUACCCUGAGUCUCAACAAAUUCUGGAACAUGCUCCACACAGUAAAUUGAAGAACAGAUUGUUGUUUCACUUAGCGCACAAGAUGGGGAAUGAAGCAAAAUUGAUGGAAUACCAUCAUAUGUUGGAGGAUAUGAUCGAAGAUCAACUUAGCUUGGCUUCUAUUCAUUACUUACGGGCUCAUUAUCAAGAGGCUAUUGAUGUUUAUAAAAAGAUCCUACUGGAGAACAGAGAUUACUUCGCGCUAAAUGUAUACGUUGCCUUGUGCUACUACAAAUUGGAUUACUAUGAUGUGGCGCAAGAAGUUCUUCAGGUUUAUCUACAAAAGUAUCCUGAUAGUGCGAUCGCCAUAAACUUAAAAGCCUGCAAUCAUUUUCGCCUGUACAAUGGUAACGCCGCACAAAAUGAGAUGAAGCAGCUGAUAGAUAAGAUGUCCAACUCUCUCAGCUUCAGUCACGAUCUCAUACGUCACAACACAGUCGUACGUAACGUUAGAAAAUAUUCCAACCAUUUUAUACAUCACAAUACAAUCGUAUUUAAGGGCGGAGAAGGUGCGUUGCAAGUUUUGCCGAAUUUAGUGGACGUUAUACCGGAAGCCAGACUGAAUCUGGUAAUUUAUUACUUGAGACAAGACAACGUGCAAGAAGCGUUCGAAUUAAUCAAAGAUCUUGAACCGGCUGUCCCACAGGAGUACAUCUUGAAAGGGAUAGUCAACGCGGUAAUGGGACAGGAAACGAAUUCCCGCGAUAACGUAAAAACGGCGCAACAAUACUUUCAAUUAGUGGGUUCUUCGGCGUCAGAAUGCGAUACCAUACCUGGUAGACAAUGCAUGGCCUCCUGUUUCUUCCUCUAUCGUCAGUUCGAGGAAGUCCUGGUGUAUUUGAAUUCGAUAAAAACUUACUUCUCCAACGAAGACAACUUCAAUUUCAAUUACGCUCAGGCACAGGCCGCGGCGGGUUAUUUCAAAGAGGCGGAAGAGGCGUUUUUAAACAUAAGAAAUGAGAAAUACAAGAAUGAUUACAUUUAUAUCAGCCUAUUGGCGCACUGCUACAUAAUGAACAAGAAACCUCAGUUAGCCUGGGACUUGUAUCUAAAAAUGGACACGACGACGGAGUCGUUUAAUUUGCUUCAAUUGAUCGCGAAUGAUUGUUACAAAGUCGGUGAAUUUUGGUAUGCGGCAAAAGCAUUCGAUAUGCUGGAACGAAUGGAUCCAAGUCCAGAAAAUUGGGAAGGAAAACGUGGUGCUUGUUGCGGCACUUUUCAAUAUAUUGUAGCUGAAAGGCAAUCAAAAGAGCUCUUACCUGAGGUCGUACAGCUUUUGAAGAAUACCUCGAACUCACAAGUGGAACAGAUCAUUCGAGUGAUGCGUAAAUGGGCUAAAGAUAACAGAAUUAAUUGUUGAUGAUAGGAAUCGAGUGGACAGUGACUGAUCGUUAUCGUUAAGCCUGAAACGUUAAGCCUUAUCUGAAACACGUUGAACAGCUAUGGAAUGUUAAUGCAUCUUGUAAUAUGCCUGUGUAAAUUAUGUAUAUGCUAAUUCAAGACCACAGGCAAAAGAUAUAGUAAAUUAUAUUUUUGCUUUUCACACAAGACCAACCUUAGAAUUCAAUAUCAAUCAAUUACGCGUUACCAAAACUGCCUUUCUAAUAAAUUUGUUUGAAAAUUUGCCAAAAGACUAUCGAUACCUCAGUUCUGAAGAAUAAUUCAUUUUCAACUUUAUAGCUUCGUCUUCGAUGGCUAUUUGCACCUUUGUACUGAAUACGUUCUUUCUCUUUUUAAGUAUGCUAUAUCAAGGUACAUCCUUUUAAAUAAAAAUCAAGAAGAAAAAUUUUUACAACAAAAUUAUGCUUAUCAAGCCUUUCCCCUGUGGUCUUUAAUUAUGAUAAUAGUAUUUUAUAAAUCUGAAAUAUUUGUGCAGAGUAUCUUUUCAAUGAAUCCACGGUGUUGAUGAUUUAAUAUAAAAUAGAUAUAUUUAAACUGUGAUACACUCAUUUUAUAAUAUAAUAAUAAUAAUAAUAAUAAUAAUAAUAAUAAUAAUAAUUGUAAUAGUAAUAAUAAUAAUAAUAAUUAAUUUUAACAAACACAAUCGGUGAAUCGUAAAAACACCAUAGUUGAUGGCAUACACCACAUACGCAUACUUGCACAUCUCCGAUCAAAGAUUCGACAUUCUUCGGAACGGAAUACGUUUUUUAGAGAGUCACGGAGAAUCCAACAAUAUCUUUGAUUCCUUACGUGGUUUUCUAUAAAACAAUUCCGAUGGAAUGGCUGCUGAA